UCCAUCAGCCGCGUGGGGCGCCUAUUCACCCUAUCUUUUCAGUGAUUAUCCGUCUAUCCCCCUAAGCUGUCGUCGAGGACCGUUAACCAUUAAGCAUGAUAUCCUCUACAUUUGCCCCUAAUUUGUCUCGCCGGGACACGGGCAAAUCGAGCAUAGGCCAUGACAAUGCUACUGGUUCAGCUCCUCCUCCAUUAGCUAGUGGUGGGGGAUCAUUCGGUCCGCAGAGUGCCACAGCGAUUUACCAACAUGUUCAUGAUAUGGCUACCAAGCGAAUAUCUACAUUGGACUACUUGCGGAAAGCACAUGAAGGCCGCAUUUACUGGUUUAACACGGUACAUUUCUCCCGUGCCGACAUUGGUCGAAUCCCCUACUUCGAAUCCCGAAAACUUUCCCGCCGCGCCAUCAAUUAUCUCCUACUAGGCUUAUCGCUCCCACCAAUACUUGACGUCAGUUCGACCCCUGUUGAGUAUCUGCGAGCAUUGAAUGCUCUCCUGAUUGAAUUCGAAACCUUCCAACAAGUUCACCCACCGGAUGGAAGUUCAUCAUCAUCUCUAGCCAGAGCACGGAUUCCCCAGAUGUUCAAAAGAGCUGCACAAGCCGGGGCCAAAACUAGACGAGCAAGUUCGGCUACUGAAAUUGGCCUGCCCAUGCAGUCUAGCGACCCUUCCGACCUGAAGGGCAUGGCAGGGAAUAUUUCCUCUUCGGCCUCGGCGGCGGCUGUCAUUUCUUUCCCUCAUACUGAAGCCUCGGAACUGCUCCCGGGUGAAGAAUAUUCGUAUCUCUUGACCCCGUCAUUACCCUUCGAGCCGGAUUACUUCGAGACCUUUGUAACUCUAUGCGACGUGCUGAUAGAUUGUUAUACUCGACUUGCCUCGUUAAUCUCGAGCCCCUCGGUUUGCACCGUCGGGUUAGGUGAGAUGUUUUCGAAAGCAGAUGCCAAAAUCAGGAAAAUCAUGGUUGCAGGCAUUGUACGAGAAUUCGAAGACGCAAGUCGGAAUAAUGCCAAAAACGAAGUCUUUGGAGUUAGCCGGGUUGUGCUUGGUGGUCUUCUAGGUUGACACGAAAGGGGGAUUUGUUCUUACAUUAUUUGGAUGCAGGAAUUACCUGGAUGGCUUUACGGGAUUAUUAAAGUGAACUGAACGGAAUGGGAUGGUUAACAUGAUUUAAUUCUCCAAUUUGUUCACUAUGCCAAGUACCAGGGGGGCUUCGAUCUGAAUCUUUCAUUUGGAAAGAAAUAAAUAAAUAAAUAAAAAGGCUGAAGGGAUGAGGGGAGGGUGGACUUGGUCUAAAACACUUCCAUGUAGACAUGAGGAAAUAAGGGAACAAGAUACUCACUC